AUGUAUGCCAAGUUUGAAGAUGACCUUGAUCUGACGAAGGGUGGUGAAGGAUGUACUGCCCUGGCCCGGCUCAUGAGAUCCCAUUGCAUAAUGGUCUUUAAUGGCUCACUGCUGGAGCUGUGCAGCAAAGUGCUCAAGCAUCUCCCUGACAAAUCCACAGAGGCAUUUAAAACAAUGACUAAUAAACUGAUCUUCGUCAGUGACUUGGUGAUUUUUGUCAAUGUUGAUUUUGCUGACUGCUGUAUUCUCUCCCAUCAGAUUUCUCGAAUGGAGUAUGUGCACUCUAAAAACCUCAUCUAUAGAGAUGUAAAACCUGAAAACUUUCUCAUCGGACGGCAAGGGAAUAAAAAGGAAAACAUUAUCCACAUCAUUGACUUUGGUCUGGCCAAAGAGUACAUCGACCCCGAGACCAAAAAACACAUUCCAUACAGGGAACAUAAGAGCCUGACUGGCACUGCCCGAUAUAUGUCUAUCAAUACACAUUUAGGCAAAGAGCAAAGCCGGCGAGAUGACCUGGAGGCCUUAGGCCACAUGUUCAUGUAUUUCCUUCGUGGGAGCCUACCAUGGCAAGGACUGAAGGCAGACACAUUGAAAGAGCGAUACCAGAAGAUUGGAGACACCAAACGAAACACUCCCAUCGAGGUCCUCUGUGAGAACUUCCCAGAGGAGAUGGCCACCUACCUGCGAUAUGUGAGACGGUUGGACUUCUUUGAAAAGCCGGACUAUGAAUAUCUGCGGACUCUGUUCACCGAACUGUUUGAGAGGAAGGGAUACACCUUUGAUUACACGUACGACUGGGUUGGCAGGCACAUACCCACACCAGUGGGGUCUUCCCACAUAGACUCGGCAGCCUCUGCUGUGACGAGAGAGACCCAUCCUCACAGAGACCGGCCCACACAGCACCCACCCAUUAGAAACCAGACAGCAGCCUCAGACCGACGAGGAGCAUGGGAGGUGCAGCCCACACGCCAAGCAAACUCCUCCUACCUGACCUCCCACCUGGCAGCGGACAGGCACGGGGGCUCAGUGCAGGUGGUCAGCUCGACCAACGGGGAGCUGAAUGCAGACGAUCCCCUGACGGUUCAUUCCAACGCUCCCAUCACAGCUCAGGCAGAGGUGGAAGUGGUCGACGAGGCCAAGUAUGUGUCAUACGCUCGCCACAUCUCUCCAAUAUGUCCAUCUGCCUCUUCCUUUCUCUCCCGCUCUUCCUCUCUGUCUCUCACCACUCUCUGCUAAGCUGUUGAAUUGUAACAGCCCCCACCCCUCAGCUGUUAUCCUUCUCCUCUCAUCUUCUGUCUGCUUGUGCGAGUUUCUGAACUUGACUGCUGCCUGUUUCUUCGCUGUUUCCUUAAUUAGAUAUUAAGACAGACAAUGUUGAUUAUGUUUAACCUCUCAACCUGUCGCCUGAGCAGCCC